UUACUUCGAAUUUCACUGUACUACAGAGAAUUAUGGGAUAUUGGUAGCAGUCUGACCUUUCUCAAGUUUGAUUCUGAGGGUUUUGUAGUGUACUUUGUAGAUUGGAGCAUAAUGUCUACAACAAAAUUAUUUAAUGCAUGUUUUGUUCGGAGUAUUUCGUAUCGAUCAUACUCUGCUCAUGCAUUCGCAGCCACCAAAUCUGGUCAAAAAUCGGAUCAUGUCAUCCUCUCGAAACAAGACGCUAAGACAACUACUUUAUCCAACGGACUGAUUGUUGCAUCAGUAGAGAACUAUUCACCUGUUACUAGACUUGGGGUAUUUGUGAAAGCUGGACCCAGAUAUGAAAGUAGUGAAAAUACUGGUAUCACUCAUUGUUUGCGUAACUCUGCUGGUUUGUCAACAAAAAAUUCAACAAUUUUUGGCAUCACAAGAAACAUAGAGCAGAUGGGUGGAAACCUGGCUUCUACGUCCUCAAGAGAACAUAUGGUGUACACUUUGGACUGCAUCAGGGAUAAUCUUGAGAAAGGGCUACAGUACCUAGCUGAAGUUACUUCUCAACAUGCAUUCAAGCCGUGGGAGUUAGGAGACUUUGCCCCGAGAAUGAAAGUAGAUUUGGCUCUUUUUAAGGAUCAACCCCAAGCUGUGUUGAUGGAGGCUCUCCACCAUGCUGCUUUUAUCGGUGGUUUGAGUCAUUCUUUAUACUCCCCCGAUUUUAUGAUAGGAAAGCACAAUUCUGAAAUGCUUCAGAGCUAUGUAAAGGAUACAUUUACAACAGGAAGAGCUACAGUAGUAGGCUUAGGUGUGGAUCACGAUUUGUUUGUUGAACAAGUGGAGAAUUUGUUUCACUUUGAGAAUGGGAAAGGAACUACUGAUGUGGGCUCAUCAAAGUACGGAGGAGGGGAAGUUCGUGUGGAGUCGGCGGGUCCCAUCAGCUAUGCUGCAGUUGUAGCCGAAGGUGCAAGUCUGACAAAUCUGAAAGAGAUGUUAUGUUUAGCCAUGCUCCAGAGGAUCCUUGGAGUGGGACCAACUAUAAAAUACAGUGAGGGACUGCACUCAAAGCUCAGCAGUGCAGGAGCUAAAGCUACAAAUGAACCAUUUGGUGUGUCCAGUUUAAACGUCAAUUACUCGGACAGUGGUCUGUUUGGUUUCGUUGUGGCUGGACAACACAGCUGUAUGGAUAAGUUAUUAAAAUCCCUCGUGACUGAGAUGCGUAGUACAGUCAAGAAAGUAACCGACCAGGAUCUAAAGAAUGCUAAGUAAGAAGCUACUUGUGUCAUCUUAUAACUAAUUGAA